GGGAUUCUCUUUCGAUUUUCUCAUUGGCCAAGAAAAGACAAAAUAAAGAAGAAAGAAAACUCAACGAAACAAAGCUCAACUCUUCUUUCGUCCCUCCCUCUCAUGGCAGAAAAACUCCUCUCUCUCUGGGUUUUCCUUCUACUCCUGCAUCCAGUAAAGCCAGCUGAUGUAGCUACACUCUUGUUGGACGGGUUCAGCGGUGGGUUCAGUGCUGCCGGCAACAACUUGACCUUAGACGGUUUUGCAGCGGUUGAGAGCAAUGGCGUACUUCAGCUAACAAACUACACCUCGAGAUGGGCAUCCGGCCACGCGUUUUAUUCAAACCCAAUCCAAUUCAAGAACUCCAGCGGCGAAGUCAUGUCCUUCUCCACCUCCUUCGCUUUCGCUAUAAUCCCCCCGCCUGGGAAGCAAGGCGGCGAUGGCCUCGCUUUGUUCCCAGCCGGCGAUGGCCUCGCUUUCGCAAUCUCUCCCGCAAAAGGGAUUCCUGGGGGUAAUCCAGGCUCUUAUAUUGGCCUCUUCAACGCCAGAAACAAUGGGAAAUUGUCGAAUCACAUAUUAGCGGUCGAAUUCGACACUUACAUGAAUGCAGAGCAUGGUGAAACCGAUAACAACCAUGUUGCCCUCGACAUCAAUAGCAAAAAAUCCAACAAAUCCGUUCCGGUCCCCUUUAAUUUGACGAGUGGUCAGGUAAUUCAGGCAUGGAUCGAUUAUAAUUCGCCUACAAAUCAAUUGGAUGUCAGGGUGGCGAUGGACUCUGCCAAACCCAGUUCUAUACUUUUGUCCGACAAAGUGAACCUCUCCGAAAUUCUUAAAGAAUCCAUGUACAUCGGGUUUUCUGCUGGUACUGGUAUGUUCACGAGCUCGCAUUAUAUCCUGGGGUGGAGCUUCAACGUGAAUGGAGACGCUAAAUCUCUCAAUUUAUCUCAACUUCCUAAGCUCCAGCUCCCCACUGCCACUAGGACCAAAAAGAAUCGUAAAGGCCUAAUUGUUGGCGUCUCAGUUUCAUGUGCUUUGGCUGUGAUUUUGCUUAGUGCUUUGACGUUUUACAUCAUCAGGAGGAAAAAGAUGGCAGAUGUGGUUGAGCCCUGGGAGCUUGAUGUUGGUCCGCACAGAUUUUCUCACGAAGAGCUCAAGAAAGCAACACGGGGUUUCAGAGACAAAGAGCUCCUUGGGUUCGGUGGGUUCGGUCGAGUUUAUAAAGGAACUCUGCCAAAUUCAAACACCCAAGUCGCUGUUAAGCGAAUUUCGCAUGAAUCAAAGCAGGGCGUACGAGAAUUCGCGUCGGAGAUUACCAGUAUUGGUCGUCUUCGUCAUAGAAAUUUGGUUCAAUUGUUAGGAUGGUGUCGGCAGCGAGGCGAUCUGUUACUUGUUUAUGAUUUUAUGCCUAAUGGGAGCUUGGACAAGUACCUGUUUGAUGAGCCUAAAACAAUUCUGAGCUGGGAGCAAAGGUUCAAGAUCAUCAAAGGUGUGGCUUCAGGGCUUUUGUAUUUACAUGAAGGGUGGGAACAAACUGUGAUUCACAGAGACAUCAAGGCAGCGAAUGUUUUAUUAGAUUCUGAGCUAAACGGACGGCUUGGUGACUUUGGUCUGGCUAAGUUAUACGAUCACGGCUCCAAUCCAAACACCACCAGGGUGGUGGGCACGCUGGGUUAUCUAGCGCCGGAGCUGACACGCACAGGCAAGUCUACAACCAGCUCAGAUGUUUUUGCAUUCGGUGCUUUGCUGCUUGAAGUGGUAUGCGGGAGAAGACCCAUUGAGCCUAAAGCAUUGCCGGAGGAGCUCAUGUUGGUGGAAUGGGUGUGGGAGAAGUGGAGAGCAGGCUCAAUUCUUGAGGUUGUAGACGCCAGGUUGGGCGGUGAGUUCAAUAAGGUUGAGGCUGUUGUGGUGCUCAAACUAGGCUUGAUGUGUUCCAACAAUGCGCCCAAGGCACGCCCCACCAUGAGGCAAGCAGUGAGGUACUUGGAAGGGGAGGUGGCUCUGCCGGAGACAGUGGAAGCCCCGGAUGCAUAUGAUGAAAAAAUCGGCGGCGCUGCUGCUUCAGAAUUUGUGGAUUAUUCUUAUCCAACAUCUUCAUCGGCCGGCAAUAAGAGGGAUGUUGAUCUUGAAACUGGUUAUUCCAGCUCACUUCUUUCAAUUCCUCGAUAGCCAUGAUAGAAUCUCCGAGACUUUUUUGUUUUUGCAUUUUCAUUUCUUCUGUGUGGUUAUGUUAGUAAAUUUAUUGUGAUGUAAAUAGGUUAAUAAUUAUAUCAGCGUUUUAGUUUUUCAUCAGGGUGUAAGCAUAUAUAGUAGUAGCUAGAGUUUGUAUUUUUGGUUCAAGAAUUCAUUGACAUCUGCAAAUGGGGGAUGGUUUUAUUGUAUCCUUUUUGAUAUUCCAUUUCCGAAUAGAAGGGAAACAGAGAAGAUGUAU